AUGUCUGCGGUGGCAUCGUUCAUGUGUGCUGGACGCAGCACUGCGUGCGGCACCGGCAGUUUUCAGGGUGGCUCGAAUGCUGUUGCCGGGAAACGUGCCUGUCUUAGAAAUGCAUCAUUUACAGUAAUGACGGUUUUGCUGGCUACUUUCUUCUCCCAGGCGUUACAGGUAGCGGCAACACCGGCGUUGGCUCCAGUUGAGACACCCGUGGGGAGCUUUCCUACGUUCACAAAGCAGGUGUCGACGCUUGGACCAUCGACUAACGACGUAGAUUCCCUUAACGAGCUCUUCGACGCGGGCACAGAUGUGUUUAGGCUGAACUUCGCCCAUGGCACCCGCAUAUCCAAGCUGCGACUUGCGAAGAUUGUGAGGCAGUUGGAGCAAACGAGUGCUUCAGACGCGGACGGUCGCAUUGGCGGAGCUGUGGUUCGCGCUAAAGCUCUGUUAGGCGAUGUGCAAGGGCCAAAGUUACGCAUUGGCAAGUUCGUGCCAAAUGCGGACGCCAAGGGCAUUAGUCCCAACAGUGCGAAAGCGGAGUUCGUUAACCUGAAGAAGGGCGACCUGUUUACCUUUGACACUUCGGAUGUUAGGGGUGAUUCACGCCGCGUUCAGUUUGACUUCCCCGAUAUACUGCGACAACUGGAGGUGGGAAAUGUUAUUGCGCUGGACGACGGCAACAUCUCCAUGCGCGUGGUCAACGUGAAUAGGCUAGGCCCUUCUGUACAGGCAGAGGUGCUGAAUGAUGGCGUGUUGUCAAGCCGUAAGGGCUUUUCUGUGCCCAACGUGGCGCUGCCGGUUGACCUGUUCAGCGCCAAGGACGUGAAGGAUGCCGUGUUUUCCUAUGCAGCUGGUAUGGACUUUAUAGGCGUGAGUUUCGUGCAGAGAAAGCAGGAUAUGCUCUAUCUGAAGAACAUAUUGCUAGACUUCGCUGAGAGCCCGUUUUACGGGGCACUGCGCAAGCGCAUGGAACUGAUAGAUGCGCCUGCAUUGGAUGCUGACCAGGAGGACGCAGAGAUAGAGCGCAUUCUUGAGCAGUACUACACGGAGCGCUUCUUGCCCAACAAGCAGGCGAUGAUGACGAAGGUGCCUAAGCAAGAGGAGGUAGGGAUAGGCCUUAUCCCCAAGAUUGAGACUCAGCCGGCGUUGGAUGACAUUACCGGUAUUUUGGAGGUGUCCGAUGGCCUAAUGGUCGCCCGUGGCGAUCUAGGCGUGGAAACUGAAAUCACAAACCUACCCAUCAUCCAGAAGCGUCUGGUUCAACUCUGCCGUCUCGUGUACCGCAAGCCCGUCAUAGUGGCCACCCAGAUGUUGGAGAGCAUGCGCACCAACCCCAAGCCUACCCGCGCCGAAACGACGGAUUGCGCUAAUGCCGUUUACGACGGUGCAGACGCCGUCAUGCUUUCUGCGGAGUCCGCGGCGGGACAGUACCCAACGCACACGGUAUUGGUGCAGCGCACUAUCCUGUACAACACCGAGCGCGACCCCUACUUCCGCGCUUUGCAAAUCACGCAGGAGAUGCUGCUGCAUGACAACAUGUUGGACAACCUUAAGGGCGCACGUGCUAGCGAUGUGGAGAGCAUCGACGCUCUGGUGCAGAUGGACCUGAAAUUUGCGAGGGAAUGGAAUUCCAAGCACAGCGACCUGCUAGCGGCCUGCGAGCAAAUCUCUAACGAUAUUGUGACUGAAGGCGUGGAUGCAGUAUUCGUGCAUGCCGAGGACCGCGGUGAGCUUCUGCAAUGGGUGUCCACGAAGCGUCACACAAUCCCCAUUAUUCUGAUAACCCGUAAUGUGGAGCUUGCGCGUAGGCUGCAGCUGACCUGGGGUGUCAAGGCACACCUGUUGCCCAGUGGUGCAGGUGCACGCGCAUUCGCCCAAGAGCUAGCGCCCAUUUACGUGCAACCUAAGCGUAAGGCGCUCAUGGUUGAAGCACACGGCAACAUAGUAGACUCGAGCGUGGCGUUCGAAGUGUAA